AAAAAAGGAAACUUAAUAUCACUAAGCAUCAAAUGUUAAAUCCAUCCAAAAUUUUUAUCAUAAAAACAAGAUAUAAAUCAAAUAUUGGUCCAGCCAAGCAAAGUGAACAAUUUAGCGCCUUGUUCACAAAAAUAAAUAUUCAGCACAUCAGCUGAAUAAAAUUCUAGAAAAAAAUACCGAAUCUUAACUAUAAACUUGAAGAAAACUAUUUUAAAUUUGAUUAUUUUACGAUUUUAAGCUAUUUAAGGCUCAAAUUAAGUACCAAUAAAGGUUGCAGUGUUAAAUAUAGACUAUACAGACAUUAAUUAAUGUGAAAAUAUAUUUGAAAAGACUAUUAACAACGAUAAAUUGUGCAAAAUAUUAUUUUUGAAGAAAAAGCAUUUUUGAAAUUGAAUUAGAUUUUGUUAAAAAGCGUACAUUGAGGCAAGUUAUGGCCAAUUAUGUUGGAAAAGACGUGAGCAUCAAGCUUAAACGAGAUUUGGGGAUAUUUCAAGGAAAGAUUAUUAAACCGGAAGUUGAUUCGAUAACAAUCAACAAUGUAUUUCAUAAUGGAGUAAAAUUGAAAAAGUUUGAAGCUCAUGUAACGAUUGCUCGGGAAGAAAUUGAGAAUAUAACAUUUAUUCAGGUUGUUGAUCCUGUGGAAGCAGCUAAUAGAAGCGUCCGAAAUACUCCAGUUACUCAAAAUACUUCGCCAAAAGAGUCUGAACCGCAAAAACCCACAAAAUCUCCACCAAGCUUUACAAAUAAGAAACCUAAUCAGUAUGAUGGCAAUAAGCAGCAACACAAGACCACACGACCGAUUCCAAUAAAGUCGCGUAAUACUCCAAACUACAUUUCAUCAUCCGCGCCACACUCGAAAGCUUUAGAAUCACAACUAAAUGGUAAAAGGAAUGGAAAUGGAAAUCUUAAUGGUAAUGGUAAUGGAAAUGGAAACGGUAAUAAGAGACACAGGAAUUACGAUUUAAUGCAACCUGAUGAUUUUUCAGAUCAGGGAGAUUUUGACUUUGAAUCCAAUAAUGCAAUGUUCGACAAGAAAAGUAUCUUUCAAGAAAUUGAGGCAGAGACGAAUCCUGAUAAGCCUGAUCUCGUGAGACAAAUUGGUAAGCCUGAGGAAAAGUAUAGGCAUGAUCAGAACAUCCUAGAUUCGAUGUUUAUGCAAUUUAAAAAUAUUCAACUCGAAUUUAAGCCAAAACAAGAAUACACUACCGACGAACCUGGACUUUUAAUCCCUUCUAUCCCACAAUCAUUGCGAAAUCGCAUACAAAAUUUAGCUGCUAGUCAUGGAUAUAGUAUGGAAAGACAAAUUGAUUUCCUUGCGCGUGGCGCUACUGAACUUGCUAUUCAAUUACUUGGUGGAUCACGUAGAUUCUCUCCUAAGAAUCUGCAUCAAUGGCCGAGAGUGACGAUAAUUUGUGAUGAACCUUAUAAUAUGCUUAAAAGUGAGAUGGGGCUAUGUACAGCACGACAAUUAGCUUGUCAUGGCGUUAAUGUGAUGGUUUUUGUUAAAACUGCAACAACAAAUCCAAAAGAAUCGAAAGAAUUGGAACUGUAUACAGCAACAGGCAAUGACUUUACUGGAAAUGUUAAGGACCUGACUCCUUGUGAUCUUAUUAUCUUGUCUGUUUCAAAUAUGAAUCAAAACAGUCAAAUUGUUCGUUAUAUCCAACAAAAUCGUGUAAUGGUAAUGGCAAUUGAUCCACCAGUGAUGGGAGUAAAUCCAGGAGAGAUUAAUAUAAGAAAUACAGUCAUACCGAUACUCCCAUUAGAUGACAUUCAUACCUCGUGCGGGAAAUUGCAUCUUGUCAAUUUAGGCAUCUCCAACAAGUUCUUUAAAGAUGCAGGAAUAAAAUAUUUUCCGAUAUUUGGAAGUCGCUCUCUGAUUCCAUUGCAUUUAAAGGCUUGAUUUUAAAAGAAAGUGAACGGUAGAAGAAAAGUUUGUAAGUGAAAGUUAAUUGAAGAAACAUCAAAAGAGAAAAAAAAGAACUGAAAAAUAACAAAGUAAAGAAAUGCUUACAAACUGAAA